GCGAGCGCGCGCAGCAGCGACAGUGACGUGAGGCCGGCGCGGACCGUCGCAGCGGCUGAGGCUCAGCGGACGGACCUCUUCCCUCCUCCGCGGCUGGAGUUCCUGGCGUCACUGAGCACCUGCGCGCGGGUUUCCACAGCCCCGGUUCCCUCCGCGAGUGCCUGGCGGCCGCGCACCACCUUCGCCCAGCGCCAUGGCCGCGGCCGGGGGGCCCGGAGCGGACGGACGCAGUCCUCUGCUCGGCCUCCUCUUGCUUCUGAUGGCGGGCCCCGCCCUGGGCUGGAACGACCCCAACAGAAUAUUGUUGCGGGAUAUACAAGCUCUUACCCUCCACUAUGAUCGCUAUACCACCUCCCGCAGGCUGGAUCCAGUUCCACAGCUGAAAUGUGUUGGAGGCACAGCUGGAUGUGAUACUUACAUCCCAAAAGUUAUACAGUGCCAGAACAAAGGCUGGGAUGGUUACGAUGUACAGUGGGAAUGUAAGACUGAUUUGGAUGUUGCAUACAAAUUUGGAAAAACUGUGGUGAGCUGUGAAGGCUAUGAAUCCUCUGAAGACCAGUAUGUACUAAGAGGCUCCUGUGGCUUGGAGUAUAACUUAGAUUACACGGAACUUGGCCUGAAGAAAUUGAGAGAGUCUGGAAAAAACAGUGGCUUUAACCAGUUCUCUGAUUAUUAUAAAAGCAGUUCCAGUGGCAUCAGUGGACUGGUUACCAUCGUGGUGUUACUUGCUAUUGCCUUUGGAGUUUAUAAGUUGUUCCUUGGUGGUGGUCAAGAUUCUCCUCCACCAUACUCCGAGAAUCCUCCGUUUGCUCCCGGUUUUCAGGGAUUCACCAACUCAGCAGGACCCCCUCCUCCGGGCUUUAAGUCAGGGUUCACAGGAAUGCCUGGUGCAACUUACGGUUUUAGCAGUGCUUUCACAGGGCAACAAGGAAAUACAAAUUCGGGACCAGGUUUCUGGACUGGCUUGGGAACUGGAGGAAUACUAGGAUAUUUGUUUGGCAACAAUAGGGGAGCAACACCCUUUUCAGACUCAUGGCACCACCCAUCUUAUCCCUCAUACUUCAGCACAGGAAACAGCCGUGCUUACUCCCCGCGUUGUGGAGACUCCCGUAACUACUCAGCAUGUUCAAGUUCAGAGACAAAAACCAGAACAGCAUCAGGAUAUGGCGGUACCAAAAGACGAUAAGAAAGCAAAAAGUUGAAGUCAAACACUGGAUGCAAAAUUCCUGAUUUUUCAUCACUUUCUCUUAAAAAGUGCUACCAGCUAACAACUGGGAAGGGGAAAUAUUAAAACAUUCUGUGGUGUUUUGUCUUGUGUAGCUUUUUGUAUUUUAUCAUUUAGUGAAACUAAGAGUUGAUAUUGUGACAAAAUACUUAUGUAGAAAAUUCUAUUAGUGUAACAUGCAGGUGUUAUAGUUUUUGAAAGUGAUGAUUACUGUAGAUUGCUGAAAAUGUAUUGUUUAAUUUCUAAAAACUGAUGCCAUGAGAAGCAUUAAGAAAGAAAGCUUUAUACCAACAGACAUUGAGUAUAUAAAAUUUCAAUCUGGUUUUUGUUCAUGAUUCAUAACCUCAUAGAAACAGUAAUAUAUUUGGUGUUUGCUGUUUUCAAAUAUUUAAACCAAGCUUUGAACUACUAUACUAACUUGUGGGAUUCGAACUAUUAUACUAAUUUGUGGGAAUUGAUCACUUUGAGUUCAGGAGCUUUGAAUCCUUCCCAUGGUGGUGGGGUUCUGUUGAGAAUUACCUUUGUUAGGAAAAGGUAGGAAAAAAAUAAGUAUCUAGAAGUUUGUUGUGACUAAUUGUGUGCUGAUAAAAAUUCUUGAAAUCUCCUUAUUCAUUUCUCAAGAAGUGAAGUCCAAAUGCUUCAACCAAAGUCUUUAAUAGCCAGAGCAUGCAUUUCUGUGUGGAACCUCAAAUAUUGUUGUAGCAGUUUCAGUCUUACAUUAAAGUGACAAAAA